AUAGCGCACGCACGCGUGCCCGCACGCCGGCGGAGGCCUGCAGCGCCGGAUCUGGGGCACCGCGGGCCGGGAGAGGCAGGCGCUUGCCGCCUGAUCGAUUCUAAGAUUUUAUUCGGUUCGAAUUUGUUUGGGGGUUCAGAUCGCCGCAUCAUUUCACUUUUGUUCCGUUGGUGAUGGAGUUCAUGGCUGGCUCGGGGUCCCCGACCUCGGGCUAGAUCUGGGCGGGUUGGUCCUGGAAUCGGGCGCUUGGGCGUGGGCAGAUGACGUGGUAGACCAUCCUUUGUCUGUGCCCCUUCUUUUCUUCACUCAGAGCUUCCAUUUGCAACUUCCUUGUCCAGAUGUCACAAUCCAAGGAAGUGAGAUACACUGCACGGUCUAUUACACCUCCUGCAAAUCGGAAUGGCACUUCAAAGUUGCCCCCUCCAAUGAGACGCAGCCCUUCAAGGUCACCUCCUCCAAAGAGGAGUAUCUCAAGGUCUCCACAUCCAAGGAGUCCAAAGAGGCACAGCACUUCAAGGUCUCCUCCUAGGAGACGGGGUAGAUCAAGGUCAAGGGAUAGGAGUCGAUCCAGGAGUGAAGAUGAUAGAAAUCCAGGGAAUAACCUUUAUGUCACUGGAUUGUCUACUCGUGUAACUGAAGAUGACCUUGAGAAGUUCUUUAGUAAAGAAGGAAAGGUUAAACACUGCCAUGUUGUUCUUGAUCCUCGUUCAAAAGAAUCCCGUGGCUUUGCCUUUGUGACAAUGGAUACUGUUGAUGACGCAAGACGCUGCAUCAAGUAUCUGCACCGCACUGUACUUGAAGGUCGCCUGGUCACUGUAGAGAAGGCUAAAAGAACUCGAGAGAGGACCCCUACUCCUGGAAAAUACUGUGGUCAGAGAGGAGGAUCUCAAAGGAGCCCAUCACCUUACCGUUCUCGCAGGAGGGAGCACUCUCACUCAAGGGAUCGCAAAAGGGAACGAUCACGCUCAAGGGAUCGCCGAAGGGAGCGUUCUCGCUCAAGGGACCGCCGCAGGGAGCGCUCACGCUCAAGGGACCGCCGCAGAGUGCGCUCACGGUCAAGGGACCGCAGGGGCAGCUCGCCACAUGAAAGAGACUCUCAGAGAAGGCGCGGAGAUCGGUCCAGGUCACCAACUGGCAACGGGAACCAUAAAGCAGACUAGAAAGCACUUCCCUAGUGAUGAACGUUUUGUUUUCAGGCUGCUAAUAACUGCGUGAACAAUGAACUUGUGAUUCUGCCUUUAAGAUGGUUGAACCAUACCUGAUCUUUUUGUUCAGUACGUUGGCAUGUUAGCUUUCAGAUCAGAAGAUAUUUAUAUGGUCUUGGGAUUGUUUUCCAUCAUAGACGUGAGCUCCGGAAUUCCUAUGGUAUUCUUAUAUAUUUGCUUAAGAUUGUUUUUAUUUGUA